AUGACAGUCAUCAGCCUCAUCAAGGAUGGAGAGGAGUCUGCGUACAGACAGGAGUAUCAAGACUCCAGGUUGCAGCUGUUUCUGGUUAAUCACCAGUGUUGUUCCUUCGGGGAUGAGGCCUACACGUUCUAUUACAGUGAUGCUGAUUAUCCCAUCACAAAAGUGCUACAGGAGCCUGUGUAUGUUGAGGUGCGCAUUAUGGAGAGGACCGAUCCCAACAUUGUCCUGAUCUGCUGGGCAACUCUACCCCAGUGGGACCUUCUGGUUGAUGGAUGCCCUUACCAGGAUGACCGUUACCUGACCACAUUGGUUCCAGUGACCGGAUCAUCUGGUCUCCAGUUCCCAACCCACUACAAGCGUUUUAUUGUGAAGAUGUUCACAUUUGUAGAUCCGGCAUCACUGGCCCCUCUGCAGGAAACUAUCUUCAUCCACUGUAGUACAGCUGCGUGCCACCCCUCAUCUCUUGGAUCCUGUGAGCAGAGUUGCAGCAGGAAAAGAAGGGAUGUUCACAUCAAGACUAUCUCUAGCAGGGACACCAUAGUUUCCAGUGGAGAAGUUACUUUGGUCAUGUAAUCCUGUAUUAAGAUGGCUGUUUUAAUAAACUUGAUUAAACCCUGAAUCUGUUACUGUC